AACGAGCCCCGUACCCCCCACUUCCCGGGUUAUGCUGGACCGGGCGGUGAGGGGAACCGAGGCCACCCCGACUUUCUGCGUCUGAGGGUAGUGCCGGUUCUCUGCGAUCAAGAUGCUGCAAAACGUGACUCCCCACAAGCUCCCUGGGGAAGGGAAUGCAGGGUUACUGGGGCUAGGCCCAGAGGCAGCAGCACCAGGGAAAAGGAUUCGAAAGCCCUCCCUAUUGUAUGAGGGAUUUGAGAGCCCCACAAUGGCUUCAGUGCCUGCUUUGCAACUGACCCCUGCCAACCCACCACCCCCAGAAGUGUCCAACCCCAAAAAGCCAGGACGAGUUACCAAUCAGCUGCAAUACCUACAUAAGGUGGUAAUGAAGGCUUUAUGGAAACAUCAGUUUGCAUGGCCAUUUCGGCAGCCUGUGGAUGCAGUCAAACUGGGUCUGCCGGAUUAUCACAAAAUUAUAAAACAGCCUAUGGACAUGGGUACUAUUAAGAGGAGACUUGAAAACAGUUAUUAUUGGGCUGCAUCAGAGUGUAUGCAAGAUUUUAAUACCAUGUUCACCAACUGUUACAUUUACAACAAGCCCACUGACGAUAUUGUCCUCAUGGCACAAACAUUGGAAAAGAUCUUUCUACAAAAAGUGGCAUCAAUGCCACAAGAGGAACAAGAGCUGGUGGUGGCCAUCCCUAAGAACAGCCACAAGAAGGGGGCCAAAUUGGCAGCACUUCAGGGCAGUAUUACCAAUGCCCAUCAGGUGCCUGCUGUCUCUUCUGUGUCACACACAGCCCUGUAUACUCCACCACCUGAGAUACCUACAACUGUCCUCAACAUUCCCCAUCCAUCGGUCAUUUCUUCUCCCCUUCUCAAGUCCCUACACUCUGCUGGACCCCCACUCCUUGCUGUUACAGCAGCUCCUCCAGCCCAGCCCCUUGCCAAGAAAAAAGGCGUAAAGCGGAAAGCAGAUACUACCACCCCUACACCUACAGCUAUCCUGGCUCCUGGUUCUCCAGCUAGUCCUCCUGGGAGUCUUGAGCCUAAAGCAGCCCGGCUUCCCCCUGUACGUAGAGAGAGUGGUCGCCCCAUCAAGCCCCCACGCAAAGACUUGCCUGACUCUCAACAACAACACCAGAGCUCUAAGAAAGGAAAACUGUCAGAACAGUUAAAACAUUGCAAUGGCAUUUUGAAGGAGUUACUCUCCAAGAAACAUGCUGCCUAUGCCUGGCCUUUCUAUAAACCAGUGGAUGCUUCUGCUCUUGGCCUGCAUGACUACCAUGACAUCAUUAAGCACCCCAUGGACCUCAGCACUGUCAAGCGGAAGAUGGAGAAUCGUGAUUACCGGGAUGCACAGGAGUUUGCUGCUGAUGUGCGGCUUAUGUUCUCCAACUGCUAUAAGUAUAAUCCUCCAGACCAUGAUGUUGUGGCCAUGGCACGAAAGCUGCAGGAUGUAUUUGAAUUUCGUUAUGCCAAGAUGCCAGAUGAACCACUGGAACCAGGGCCUUUACCAGUCUCUACUGCCUUGCCCCCUGGCCUGGCCAAGUCAUCUUCAGAGUCCUCCAGUGAAGAAAGUAGCAGUGAGAGUUCCUCUGAGGAAGAGGAGGAAGAAGAUGAGGAGGAUGAGGAAGAAGAGAGUGAAAGCUCAGACUCAGAGGAAGAAAGAGCUCAUCGCUUGGCAGAACUACAGGAACAGCUUCGAGCAGUACAUGAACAACUGGCUGCGUUGUCCCAGGGCCCAAUAUCCAAGCCCAAGCGGAAGAGAGAGAAAAAAGAGAAAAAGAAGAAACGUAAGACAGAGAAGCAUCGAGGCCGAGCUGGAGCCGAUGAAGAUGACAAGGGGUCUCGAGCACCCCGCCCCCCACAGCCCAAGAAGUCUAAGAAAGCAAGUGGCAGUGGGGGUGGCAGUGCUGCUAUAGGCCCUCCUGGCUUUGGACCUUCUGGAGGAAGUGGCACAAAGCUGCCCAAAAAGGCCUCAAAGACAGCCCCACCUGCCCUGCCUAUGGGUUAUGAUUCAGAGGAAGAGGAAGAGAGCAGGCCCAUGAGUUACGAUGAGAAGCGGCAAUUGAGCCUGGACAUCAACAAAUUACCUGGGGAGAAGUUGGGUCGAGUUGUGCACAUAAUCCAAGCCAGGGAGCCCUCAUUACGGGAUUCAAACCCAGAAGAAAUUGAGAUUGAUUUUGAAACACUCAAGCCAUCCACGCUUAGAGAGCUUGAACGCUACGUCCUUUCCUGCCUACGAAAGAAACCCCGGAAGCCCUACACUGUUAAGAAACCUGUGGGGAAAACAAAGGAGGAACUGGCUUUGGAGAAGAAACGAGAAUUAGAAAAGCGGUUACAAGAUGUCAGUGGACAGCUCAAUUCCACCAAAAAGCCCCCCAAGAAAGCAAGUGAGAAAACAGAGUCAUCAUCUGCACAGCAGGUGGCAGUAUCACGCCUCAGCGCUUCCAGCUCCAGCUCAGAUUCCAGCUCUUCAUCUUCCUCCUCCUCCUCUUCGGACACCAGUGAUUCAGACUCAGGCUAAGGGGCCAGGCCAGAUGGGGCAGGAAGGCUCCGCAGGACCGGACCCCAAGACCACCCUGCCCUACCCCUUUCCCCUUUGCUGUGAUACUUCAUCUCACCUCCCCUCCCCCCUCUGUUGGAGAGCUGGCUCUGCAGGGGGGAGGAAAGCAGGGACAUAAUACUGAAGGAGGGAUAUGGACAAACUAAGAUUGAAUUCCCAUCUCCAUUGGGAGUGACCUUGGGCACAGAGCCUCCAUUCAGAAUGAAUGCGGUGGGUAGAGCUUACAGGGUGGGAGUGUGCGAAGUCCCUGAUAGUUACCUAAGGCCACAGCUGCCCUGUCCACUUCCAAGGGCCCUGUUUUGAAAUUGUUUGUUCUAAUUUAUUUUAAGGUAGGUAAGACUGGAGGGAGAGUGGGACCAAGGUCCCCUCAGCCUCCAUGAGGAGGGAAGAAAGGGGAAGCUCUUUUUUUACGUUGACUUUUUUUUUUUUCUACUCUUGUUUUCCCUUUUUCCUUCCGCUCCAUUUGGGGCCUAGGGGUUUCAGUCAUCUCCCUAUUUGGUCUCCUUGGACUGUCUUUGUUGAUUCUAACUUGUAAAUAAAGAAAGUAUUAUUCAA